UGGAUGCUUUGAAUGAAAACCAGCCCAAAGGAUUAUUUUUUUACGUUCAGUAUAUAUCGGUGGACAGCAGGAUUAUUGGGGAUAUUGCGAGUGUCGGGAGAAAAGUGUUGUACUCCGAUUUUACGGAUGCUCUUUAAAAUGUUGAGGAUAUUUCUCACCCUUGCUCUCCUGGCAGCUGUUCAAUGUAAAUUUGGAGGUGGAUUUUUUCAUCCUGAAUACUACUACGAGGGGGAAUCUGAAUCUGAAUCUGAAUCCAGCGAAUCUUCAAGCGAAUCCUCCAGUGACACCUCGAGCGAACACCCACCAUGCCCGUGUACCCCGCUCGAAGUCGGCCAGUGUUGUGACGACUGUCAUUACUGUAAAGAUGAAAAUGCCAUAUGCGACACAUACGGAUAUAGUAAAGUGUGCAUCUGCAAAUAUGGCUUCAUAUUCGACUAUGAAUGCAAGAAGUGCGUUACUGAAACGAACAAGACUACUCCGACGACGCCACCGCCGAAUGGUACAGUGCCACUUGGCGAGCCAUGUGGUCCGUCUGCCAACGACUGUAUAAGACCAGAUCGAAUAAAAUGCGAGAAUGUCAUUUGCUGUGGACAGGAUGAUUGGCCGAAAUGUAAUGAGAAGUUCUGUGUAUGCGAGACUGCAAAGGGCUAUAAAUAUGAUGAUGUCUCAGAGGGUUGCAUAUACACUGGUGAAAACCAACACGAACUAAGCAAAGAUUGCAAUAACUCCGCUGGAGAAAUGGCAAAUUUGGGAUAAGCGAUAACCUACAGUUAUAUCUAGUUACAUUAUGCCAGACAAAAGCCUUAAUUAGCUCUCUUAUAAACGACCUUGCACUCAAUUAAAUGCAUUGUUAGUGUCACCAAUUGCUUCGGAAAUUGUACUUUCAAUUUCAAUUAAUUUUCCAUAAGCUCUUCUGUCAUUUGCUCUAUUUAAAAAAAGGAUAACUACAAAAAAGAUUCGAAUAAUCGAUUAUGCGAGUCGCACCUUGAUAAGUCAGAGUCUUAUUCCGGAACUCUGUGUACAAUGGAGUUCAACGGAAUUGAUCUCUGUGUACAUUGAAGUCGAAUGGGACUGAACUCUGUGUACAUUGACGUCGAAUGGGACUGAACUCUGUGUACAUUGAGGUCCAUUGGGAUUGAACUCUGUGUACAUUGAGGUCCAAUGGGAUUGAACUUUGUGUACAUUGAAGUCCAAUGGGAUUGAACUCUGUGUACACUGAGGUCCAAUGGGAUUGAACUCUGUGUACAUUGAAGUCCAAUGGGAUUUAACUCUGUGUACAUUGAGGUCCAAUGGGAUUUAACUCUGUGUACAUUGAGGUCCAAUGGGAUUUCACUCUGUGUACAUUGAAGUCCAAUGGGAUUGAACUCUGUUUACAUUGAAGUCCAAUGGGAUUGAACUCUGUUUACAUUGAGGUCCAAUGGGAUUGAACUCUGUGUACAUUGAGGUCCAAUGGGAUUGAACUCUGUGUAUAUUGAAGUCCAAUGGGAUUGUACAUUUAGGUCCAAUGGGAUUGAACUUUGUGUACAUUGACAUCACAUGCUAUUGAAGUUUGUGAACAUUGAUAUCCCAUGAGAUUGAAAUCACUGUACAUUGAGGUUUUAUCUGAAUGAACUCUGUGUACAUUGAUAUCCCAUGAGAUUGUGUGUUGUUGUUUUUUUGUUAUGGUUAUUUUGUAUGUGUGUGUUUUAGAACGAAACGUGCUCUCUCUCAGUACAUGGUUGUGGAUGAAUACACUGCAUUGACCGUAACUAUGCACUGUCCACAUAUGAGGCUUGGAAUAUAAACAAUUCAUAGUGCAUACUAACAGCGUAAAUGUGUAUAAGGUCUCUAAUCUAUCAAAAGGUCUAUAUGAGUUUGAGCAGUAUUUCUUUUUAUAUCUUCGGUGCAGGUUUAAUUAAUGUGAAUGUAAAUAGAGGUAAUUUUGCAAUCGUUCCAAAUCGGCCAUCUCCGCCAAGCUUCAUGUUGGAUUAUGGAUGAGGUGUUCCGAUUGGUAGUUUUGUUGAUUUAUUUGGCUUGAUUGACUUGUUGUUUUUUUCAAUAAAAUUUUAUUAGUUUAAAAUGACACAGUUGUUUGAUCACACAACCACAUUGUCAAAAUUACGAACACUCUACAGUCAAUUCAUUAUGUAAGGAAGUGAACUGCAUUCGAAAAAUAAGAGAAAAAUAUGGAAAUAAUUAAAUCUAUAUGUAACUAGUUACCCUCAAUAGUACUAUGUAUCUAUGAUGAAUAAUUACGUUACAUUCAAAAUAACUAUGCAUAUUUAUGAUAAAAUGAUGCUACCCUCAAUAAUACUAUGCAUACCUAUGAUAAAUAAUAACGUUACUUUCAAAACAACCAUGCAUAUUUAUGAUAAAUAAUGAUGCCACCAUCAAUAGUGAUUUGCAUAUCAAUGAUAAAUAAUGAUAAGAUUGUGUACGUAAUGAUCAAUUGUUUAACAUGGACUGUUAAGAAUACUGUUGUUAACACGCAGAUGAUAUGUAUUGCAAUAUCAUUUUUCAAGUCUUCUUCUUACGCCGAUAUUUAAGCUAAUGCAUGUUGAACUACGUUGAACUACGUAUAGCGGUGUAUUUAGUUCUAUAGAAAACACAGUCAAAGAUCGCGUUGUUUGUUCUGAGUGUCCUCCGAGGCAAAUGUUUAUGAUACAAAACGACUAUAAAGAAAUAAAUACACCAAUAUACAUUUAACGUUGAAAUAAAUCAUUUGACGUGUCUUAUCGUACUUUAACUUAUUUAAAAGAAUAAAUAUAAGAAUAGAA